CACUUUAUUGGUUUGUGUCAACGCAUGAAAAGUGUACAUGUCAUAUGUUGCAUUUUGCACCUAUAAAAACAUAAAAGUGUACAAUUUGUGGAGUCUUUUUACAAUUUUAUUUUAAAUGAAUAUUAACCAAAGUUCAAAAUGAUAAUCGAGCAACCUGAAGCAUUUAAAACAUGGUUAACUGCUGUUUUAAAACCGAUGUGCGAUGCAGAUCCUGCAGCACUUGCAAAGUACGUUUUAGCUUUGAUAAAAAAAGAUAAAUCUGAAGAGGAACUUCAUCGGAUUAUGGUGGGUCAGUUGGAGGUUUUCUUAGAAAAUGAGACUGAAUCUUUUGUAAAUUUAGUAUUACGUACGCUUGAAACGCAGGAUUAUAUUACCACUCCAGUUAUACCAAACACAAAUCCUCCAAAUCCAAUUAUGAUGAAAACAACCAAAGAAACGAAACCAAUUGUACAUCCUAGCGAACUACCCAAUUUAAGUGAAGCAGUUAAUGGCUCUAGUGUGGUCCGGAAAGAGCAAGAAUCGAAACGGGAUAGAGAAAUGAGAAAAAGUGACACUUCCGAUAAAGAAGAUAAGUCUCGUGUUCGUUCCCGCCAUCGUUCGUCCUCUCGCAAUCGUUCGCGUUCCCGUUCAUGGGAUCGCUCGAAACGUUCGAAAUCACGCGAUCGUGAUCAACAUCGUCUUGAUCGAGAAAAACGUGACCGUCCUCGUGCUUGGCGAAACAAAUCACCUCCUCGACGAUUCGAUCGUCGACGCUCUAGAACACCAUCUCCAUCGAGAGGACGAUCUCGUUCUCGUAGUCCUAAACAUCCACAUCGAAGUGGUCGAUACAGAAAUAGGACGCCACCGCGAAGCACCAGUCGGAGCAGGUCUCGAUCAGCGGAAAAAACACGCAAGGACUCUUUCAAAGAAAAAGAUGCUAAAGACGGUCAUUCACGGCCCGGUACGCCGACUCAAGAUUCGAAUCAUGGCGAUAUGGAUUUACGAUUGACGAAUAGUACUCAAAGCAUACAGAGUGUUGUGGUGCAACAGAACUCGAAGAGGAGAUGUAGGGAUUUUGACGAGAAGGGAUAUUGCAUGAGAGGCGAGAUGUGUCCGUUUGAUCACGGAGUGGAUCCGGUGGUAUUAGAAGAUUCAGCAUUGAGCAGCGUCUUGACGUAUAAUCCCAACGCGGCACCAGCCGAUGUACCUCCUAUCGGAGCGCCACUUUUGAAUGCAGCGGGACAUCCCAUGAUGGGACCGAGAGGCCUACCACCAGAGUACAACCCGCAAGCACCAGCAAUGUGGAGUAGUAGGACUGGGGGGUUCAGAGGGCCGAGGCCGAUGGGCAUGCCGAGGGGUCCCAUGAUGGGCGCCUUCCCCAACCAACCGAAUAUGCAACGCGAGCUGAUUCCUGUGCCCGUGAUGGACAACAAACAACCUGAACAGUACCCGCCGGGCGGCUUUCGUCAACAGUCCAAUUACGCCGGUAAUAACACCAGUGACCAUGAAGCACCAUUCAAAAAGAAAAGUUUCGAUUUUAACCGUCUAGGUCCGAGAUCUAAAAAUCCAGCAAACUGUUCGUUAGAAUUGAAAAAAAUCCCGCAAGGUCUGAACACCAUCACACAUUUGAACAACCAUUUUUCCAAGUUUGGCAAACCAGUUAACAUCCAGGUGAAUUAUGAGGGUGAUCCAGAAGCGGCGAUCGUCACUUUUUCUAGUCACGCUGAAGCCAAUGCUGCCUAUCGGAGUACUGAAGCCGUUCUCAACAAUAGAUUCAUCAAAGUCUUUUGGCAUAAUGGAAGUUUGGAAGGUAAACAGGAGAACGUCCCUCCGCGGUCCGUUAAAGAUCGUCUGGGGGUUUCGGCUAUUGUACCCCCAAAUACUAACAAAGUCCUCAAUUUAGUUCAGCCGCGGGCAGAUAACGUAAACGAAGGCGAAACACAAGAUAAAGGUGGAAAAGCGGCGACCGGAAAUAAGGAAGAAACUAAGGCACAGGCUGCUGCAGCGAUCAAAAAGAAUCAGGAGCUUCUAGCCGCCAAAGAAAAAUUAAAAAAGAAUCAAGAUGAGCAGAGGAAGGAAGUGUUGAAAAUUAAAAAUAAUCUCAGAAAGAGAAAACAGGAACUGCUGGAAAAACAAUUAUCUCAGCAGAAGAUUUUGAUAGAAAAAAUGGAGAAAUUACCUCCUGGUCCUCAACGCGACCACAUAAUGGACACCAUCAAAAAGACCCAAGAAUCGAUCGAAAGUAUCAAGAAAGACCUCCUUCAAUCCGUUUUAACGGCAAAAACACCGCCUCAAAAGAAAGCAAAGGAAGACGUUCAAAGAGAAAUGUUAGAUGCGGAAUUAGAUUUGAUUACAAAGCAGCAAGAAGGUGCUGAUACUUCGGAAAUACAAAAGAAGUUGUUCGAGUUGAAAGCUCGUGCUGCUAUGACUAGAGGACGCGGUCGAGGGAGAAGGUAUAAUCAAAUCAGUCGGCAUUUGUUAAGCAAGAAUAAUUUGAUUGAUAAUGGAGGUCUCAAAGGUAACAUAAAGACGGUUAAUAAAGCGUCGUUUCAAAAACAUACAGUUGAUCAUAGACCUACUAGGUUAUUAGUAUCUGGAUAUGAAGCUGAUGAACAAGAAAGUGUUUUGAAUCAUUUUCAAUUGUUUGGGGAAAUUGCCGACUACGUCGUUGAUUCAACCUUGCCAAGCAUUACAUUGAACUACAAAACUCGUAAAGAAGCCGAGAUGGCGUUAUUAAAGGGCAAACAUUUUCAGGACCGUACUUUAUCCAUCACAUGGUGCAGUGGAGUCUCACUGAAUAACCAAUCAAGACCGGCCACUCUCAAAGUUUUAAUGUCCGAGUCCGAAGAGGAUAGACUAAUUGAGCAGAGUUUACCAGAAGGAGAAGAAGAUCUGGGGCCGGAAUUAUCUGAGGAAGCCUUGCUUCAAGACGAUGAAGAGGAAGAGGAAGAAAGCGAAGAUCGAUCAUGGAGGCGAUAGUUUAACACUCGAUUUGAAGGCCAUAUUUGUUUCUCACCUGUCAUUAGUUUAAAGUUGUAUAAUUUUUGUCUUUUAUUUUUUUGAGGUUUGCUUGCUUGUAAAAAUUUUAUGGUGUAUAACUGUAUAGUGGUAAUUUUCUAUAUUUACUUUUCGGUUUCAUAUGUAAGCUAUGAAUUUGUUUUUGAACAAUACAGAUUCUUCAUAAAACACAUGAAAACAAAUUCUUAGUAGUUUGUUUGUUUAUGAUAUAAGACGUUAUCAGUAAGAAAAAAAAAAGAUGCCCCCAAUUUAAGAAAAAAUAAAAAUUAAAAAAUAUACUAAAAAAUAGAACAACUUUAGAAAACAUUAAAUGAGAAAAAAUGU